ACAUUGCCAGUAAUCACACACUUGAUUUCAGUUCGUGCUGCCAAAAGUGGCAAAACAAGUUAUUAGGUUUACACUAUCUGUCACACAGAGCCAGAUAGGUUUGGGUAGAUUUUAUCCCUUAAUUUAUUAAGUCACGAUUUUAAAACUGCAUUGUGUGUUUUGUCAUUAUAAUUGUCCCACGUUAAAUAUUUUUUUUGACAGUCUGACACAUGUAACUGUGACAAUUAUGCAAAGAAUAAACCAGGAAGGGGGCAAAUAUUUGCUGAGUUUCAGCACACAGUAGAGUCAGAUGUCAUAAGCUCACUUUUAGUCUGAUACCUGCUCAUGAUAUGCGUCCAAAUGACUAAAGCAUUUAUUCUUAGAAGUGCUGAUAUAGGGGAUAAAACAAAAGACAGACCUGUUUUAAAGUAGAUUGAAUAAGAAUUUUGAAUGCAUAAAAAAAAAUCAAAACAUCUUGAUCUCAUGGGUGUCGAUUGAUGGAAAGACGAUAAACAUCAGCUAUUUCUGGGUCUAGACUUAUGAAGAUGAUUGGCUCUACAAGGCCAAUCAACCUAUAAUUUAAUUAUUCAGUUAUUCUUACCAACUACAUGGAGACAUUAUAUUCAAUUCAUUUUUCAUAGUUGACUAUUUGCUUCCUCGUACCAUUUGGUUGCCCUUUUUUACAGAAUAAGAAUUUAUUGCAGUAUUGCUAUUUAUCAUAAAGUUUAUAUUGUUUACAUUUUAAUCGCUUGGGUAGAAACUAAUCAUUAGAACAUGUGUGGCUACAUUGUUUACGAAUUCAAGCUCUUUCAUACGGAUGGAGAACUGAAAAGGGCAAAGGUUAAAGAUACCUUUGAAGAAGAGCAGCAGAAGCUGUGCAGUAAAAUGCUGGUUGGCACCAGGAGGACAGAAUCGAAUUUGAGAUUAUUGGAACUUGACAAAAUGUGGAAAACUUGACAGUUCAGUUUUAUUUAUAAAUCACCACAACAGUCGCCUCAAAGCACUUUACAUUGUGCCCCCUUAAAAAGAAGAAAUUGGUGUCAGUGGGAAUGAAAAUCCCCCUUUUAACAGGAAGAAACCUCUAGCAGGACAAGGCUUAGGGGAGGACAGCCAUCUGCCAUGAGGGGAGGAAGACAGGACAAAGACGCACUGUGGAAGUGAGACAGAGAUGAACAACAACCACAAGGUCUGAAAACUUUCAUACUGCACUGCCUCAUCCAAGAAUCCAAUAAACCACUUCUUCCUCCUUUCAGUGAGGCGUCCUUCCAAACCAUUUGAUUGCAAUAGCUUCAAGUGGAUUCGUUGAUGCGGGUAAAUAAAGCACACAGUGCUUGGAGGAGGAGGAGAAAGAGGAAGCAGACAGCGGCUUUUGAUUGUGUAACCCAUGCCUUGGUUGAGUAGCUCACUAACAACAUUACGGAGUGCCAGAGUCCAACCCUGCCACAUGGCACACAUCCAUCGACUCCAAAUAAGUCUUUUAUAGCUUCUGGCUCCACUGGAAACUAAGGAUGGGGAAAUGUUGUUAUGCUGCUGUGGUGAUGAAAAGAUACUGGAGAAGGCGGGUUUUCUAAAGAAAAAUGACUAAAGUGGAAGUCAUGCAUCUGUUGGCACAGGACUGCACAUUACAGUGUAGUUAAUGGUGAUAGCAGCAGGGUAUAAUCACUGAUCAUACAGCUAAGGGGAAGUGAGAUUAAGGCAAGAUGUACCUGUUAUAUAAUUUGAUUGUGCGCUGAAGAAAAGCAACCUGCCCCAAGUGAAAAGAAGUGCUACACAGGGAGAAGAUCACUAACUUCCUGUUUUGUGUCUUUAGACAACGAGACUGUGGUACGCUGAUUUGCGAGUUUAAAAUCCUUUCAGGUGUUUUUUUUUUCAACAACAAAAACUUUAUGUGGUCUAUAAAUUACAUGUUAGGUUAUAACACCUCACAAAGCAUUGUUGUAAUAAUGUAAUGCUUAGUGUGGUUCAGGAGUGGUUGCGGUAAAAGCUAGCUGUUUUGUACAGCAAGUCGUGUAUGUAUGUAUGUAAAGGUUUCUGUGACAUUCAAAUGCUGUGAGAUUACCUCCAGGUGAUUUUAUUAUUGAGUGCUGGUUGGCUUAUCACUGAUAAACUUGUAUUGUAUUUUAUUGAAUACAGCAAACCAGCAGCGAUCGGAGCAAAUGGGCGGAGCGCCAGGAGUUCAUAACGCAACACCGCCCGCUUGCAGAAGGCUCUCCGAGGGUUUGUCAGCAACAGAUGCCCAGUCCAGGCAGCUUAAGAAGCCCUUAAGAACCUACUAGUCCAAUUAAUCCCGAGGAGGCGGAAAUCCACACGUCUGAACGGGCAGUUACACAAACUUGUUACCUGCUCUCUGACUCCACGACGAUGAUGAAGACGAGCGCCUCUCUGCAGGCGUACGUUAACCGUGCGACACCGAAGCCCGCUAUCAGCAAACGAUUUGGACCAGAAGCGGGAAGGCGUCCGUGAGGGAUAGCUGCUAGUCGCGACUCAGAUUCUCUCUCAGACACUCACACACAUUAUAAACCUCGGUAAGCUCCUGCAGAGUUGAUCGCAGGCCUGCAUGAGCAUCACUGGCGACGCUGCUGCUGCUACUACGGAGUUUCCUCGGGACUGCUCGCGUCGUUAACAUGGAAACGUUCACCGGUGUGCUGCUUGUCACCGCAAACGUCGGCUCACUCUUUGACAAUGUCGGUGAAAUUCAAAGUGAAUGGUUAAAACAACUGUACAAGACUAUCCAGAGCUACAAGCCACAGUUUGUUGCCCUGCACUUCCAGGAGGUUGGAGGAAAGGACUACAUGUUAAACAUGGGCCAUGCAGAAAACUUCUUCUGGACCCUCGAGUCCAGUGAAGAAAUGAAAGACUUUGACAGGUCUUGCAUUUAUGUGGACAACCAGUUCAAAGUAGAAGAUAGCUUCACGGCUUUGGGGAGCAUGUACUUCAUCCACAAGACACUGAAAAAUAUACAACAGUAUGACUUUCAUGUUAAGAAUUUUAAAGCAGUGCUGGAAAAGAACAGGUAUAUGGGCUCUCUGGACAGGGUCACCACCGUGGAGAAAGAAAAAUUCCCAAAGAAUUUCUGGCCUGAUUUCAAGUGGUCCAGAAAGGGCUUCAUGAGGACCCGCUGGAUUAUACACAACCAAGGUCUAGACCUGGUAAAUGUCCACCUGUUCCAUGAUGCCUCUAACCUCAUUGCCUGCAACUCCAGUCCUUCCAUUUACUCAGCCAACCGCAAUAACGCUCUCAGAUAUGUCAUCAGCAGGAUAUCAGACAGUCGGCAAACUGUGCUGCCUUUCUUUGUGUUUGGAGAUUUCAACUUCCGUCUGGAUACACUUAGUCUGGUCCAGGAUUUGUCUACUGCUGCCGAUGUGCAGAUGGUGAAGAAGGACAGCAGUAACGAAGUGCAGAGAAUCAUAUAUGAAGAAAAGGAUAACGACCACCAGGUUCUGCUUCGAAUUGAGGAGAAGCUUUUUGCCUACCUGCACCAGGCGGUUUUCAGAGAGGACAAUGGCAGAGCACUUUUGAAGUAUGACAAAGAAGUUGCAGCCUUCCAUGAUGUUAUUAGGGAAGAGGGCAUCAAGUUUCCACCAAGCUACCCAUACAGUGAAGAGCAUGCUAAACCAACCCAGUACAUGAACACUCGCUGUCCUGCCUGGUGUGAUCGCAUCCUUAUGUCACAUACAGCCCAAGAUUUAAUCCACAGGAGAGACGAUGGUGAGAAGAGUGUUGUUUACAACACAAUGGGUCCUAAUGUCUGCAUGGGAGAUCAUAAGCCUGUGUUCUUGUCCUUCUCACUGAAGACAAAUGACCACAUCUGAUACUUCUAAAUGGUCUGUAACCACAGCAUCCUCAGAGGCUGAUCAGUGUGAUUGUUCUCCACUACAACCGUCCCAUCAGCCACCAAAAAUAAGCCGGCGUUUCACUCAGCCUCAGCUAAGCUCCCUGCCACACACUGCUGACCACAGCUCUUGUAUCAUGUAACCCAGAUUUAUCAAGACGUGUCAAGAGUUUUUGAGAGUUGUUCCUAUUCACCACUUCCUCUGGGAUUUUUUAAAAGUCCCCUCUAUCCGAAACCUCGGAGUCACCAGGGAUAAUCCUGCAAAUCCUACCUGCAGCUGCACAUUCAUGAGACACAUCAAGAAUUUUAAAAAUCAUUUUUAGCUCAAUUGAUUGUAUUUCAUGUUUUUUCAAUGCCAUUUUACAGGCAGUGUCGGAAAAUAACCAAACUUUGUAUGAAUGUCAAUUUACUCAUUUCUCACUGGCCCUAACUAAAGGCAUUUUUAAAUAUUCUAAAACACCCAACUUAAGCAACAAUUAACAAAAGAUUCAGGAGAGUACUGGGUAUAUGAUGAACCACACUUUGUGUAGUAGUGGUGUCUUGAAAAGGGAAAUAUCAAACCCUCGUGGCCAUGUGUGCACGCUUUUAGUUAGUUUUUUAUGCUCUAUUUAGUACAUGCAUCUUUGCUUUGCCAUCACCAUAGCAUUUUUUAAAUGACGAGGGAAGCACAGCUGUCUUUGCUUCCAGGUGUCAUGUGUGGAUGAUCUCCGCUGAUAAAACAGGAUUUGUGACAGAUUUCCUUCCUUUUUUCAUACAGGUUGCUACUUCAUACACAUCAGCUCCAGCCAUGACAGAUUGGAUUUUUAAUAGUGGUGUUAUGAUGAAAUGAAAGUAGACAAGCAAAAGAAAAAAAGGCCAGUAACAUUUUAGCAGCAGUGGUGAGAGCUGAAUGGAUUACCGCAGCAUCCAAAAUGAACUUGUGUAUCUCUCUUAUUUCCCGAGCUGUAUUAUACACAUUAUACCAAGUGCUUUAUUACCUUGACUUUGCAUUUCUUCUCCGAUUAAUUUGAGCUGUCCUCCUCCAGUUUACUAUGCAGGAUGUCUGGUCAGACUUCACCCUGCUGCGGUCGGCGUCAGCUGUAUUUCAUUGCCAAAAAGAAUCACGCUGUAGUUAUGCUGUAGUGUUUACCUACAGCUGUAGUUAAGAAGAACGUCUGUUUUGAUUACCUGGCAUCAAAUAAAUUGAAUUU